ACCAGUCCAGCUUUCAAAGACUUGGCCCUCAAAGAUUGCCUAUAGCUCUUGUACUCUUUGAUGAUGAUUGAUCUGUUUUCGAUAUGACGUGGUCCCUCACCUGUUUCUGGACUACCUCACGGCCGUUUCCCCCCUAUCUAUUGAUUACCCUUCACUUUCUAUAUAAGUGUCAGCUUUGUUGUUUAAUUGUUUUUAUACCAGUGAUACACUCAACUACGUUGGUUUUUUGUCUAAUCAUUUCCUCUGUUUCCUUAUGCCGUGGCCUAUACAGGCAUACAAGGCAUGUAAUUGCGGAAUACGAAUAUUGGUUGGAGGUGGUUAAUUAUGGUGUUGUUGUUCUUGGUUGCGAACAGCCAGGAUGGUGGGUUGUGUUAGUUGGACAAAUAGUUAAGAUCUUUUCAAGUAAAGAGUAACCGGAUCUCUUCGUUAUUAUGUAAACAAGGGAGUGUCAUGGCGUUCAUGGCAUAUCCAGCAACGUAUGAACAUGUAAAAUAAACACGAAACCAUAACGUUAACCAUCCCUGACAUGUAGGUCUAUCACCUACCCAAGUGGAACGCGAAUAAGUUGAAAGAAACGCACACCA